GGUAACAUCUACAACCGGCUGAGCGGCAUACUACAGCAGAUCGCCUGCUUCAAGAAGUACGUCUUCCCCGGAGAGCAGGCCAUGAGCCGCUUCGUGCUGAGCCGGGAUGUCGGCCAGAUGCACUACAAUGAUCUCCUGCCGUACUCGAAGGAUGGCUUACCCGUGACGAGAGAGUUCCUGCUGAAGGUAGUGGAUGUACUGCUGGAAUACAUCAAGCAGUCCCACGACAGGAACGCCAAGGUGCUGGAGUUUCACCACCCGGCGGAGAUGCGCUCCUUGCUGGACUUGGAGCUGCCCGAUCGCGGCGUCUCUCUGCAGCAGCUCGUAGAUGACUGCCAGACCACGCUCAAGUACCAGGUUCGCACAGGCCAUCCUCACUUCUUCAACCAACUGUCAUGCGGCCUGGAUCUGGUCUCAAUGGCAGGCGAAUGGCUGACAGCUACAGCCAACACCAACAUGUUCACGUACGAGAUAGCGCCCGUGUUCAUCCUCAUGGAGCACGUCGUGCUCGAACGCAUGAGGGAAAUCAUCGGCUGGCGCGGUGGAGAUUCUAUCCUCGCUCCCGGUGGCUCUGUAUCCAACUUGUACGCGUUUCUGGCGGCCAGGCAUCGAAUGUUCCCAGGCUACAAAGAGAAAGGGCUGCAUUCCAUCAACGGUCAACUUGUCAUGUACACCUCAGAUCAGUGCCACUACUCAGUGAAGAGCUGCGCUGCGGUGUGCGGGCUGGGUACCGACAACUGCGUCCUAGUCCCGUCUGAUGACAAAGGCCGAAUGAUUCCAUCAGAGCUGGAGCGUCUCAUUGUAGAGCGGAAGAUGAGAGGCCAGAUACCGUUCUUUGUGAAUGCAACAGCUGGAACAACAGUCCUUGGCUCUUUCGACCCUAUUGAACCGAUUGCUGAUAUCUGCCAGAAGUACAAACUGUGGUUACAUAUUGACGCGGCGUGGGGAGGAGGCUUGCUGAUGUCUAGAAAAUACCGCCAUCCGAGAUUCACGGGUGUCGAGAGGGCCGAUUCUGUGACAUGGAAUCCUCAUAAAUUGAUGGGAGCUUUACUUCAGUGCUCUACGGUCCACUUCAGGGAAGAGGGAAUACUCAUCAGCUGCAACCAGAUGAGUGCUGAGUAUUUGUUCAUGCAAGACAAGCUGUAUGACGUCCAGUACGACACAGGUGACAAGGUGAUCCAGUGUGGCCGCCACAACGAUAUCUUCAAGCUCUGGUUGCAGUGGAGAGCUAAGGGAACUGAAGGCUUUGAAAGGAUGAUGGAUAGACUAAUGGAGCUAUCGCAGUAUAUGGUACGUCGCAUCAAAUCUAUGCCAGAGAAAUUUUACUUGAUAAUGGAACCGGAAAUGGUCAACGUCUGCUUCUGGUACGUGCCGACUCGAAUGCGAUCCAUGACACACGAUCGCGAGCGGGAGAAGUUGUUGGGUCAGAUUACGCCACUUCUCAAGGGGCGAAUGAUGAUGGCUGGUACGCUGAUGGUUGGCUACCAACCAUUGGACGAAAGACCCAACUUCUUCCGCAACAUUAUAUCCAGCGCUGCAGUCACCGAAGCUGACGUUGAUUUCCUAUUGUCUGAGAUGGAUAGAUUGGGACACGAUUUAUAAGCCAACAGGCAGCACCUGGAGCACAAAAUCAGUGUGUAAUGAAGGUAGAAGAGUUAACUACAUCCCAUUCACCAUUUACAAAAAGAGAC